AUGAUCACCCGGACCGUAGGCGUGUCGAGGGUGAUCAUCGCCCUGGCGGUGCUGGUGUUGGUGGUGAUGCUGGCCGGCGGCACCGACUCGUACACGGUUCCCCGGGACAACGACAUCCUGCUGGCGGAUGGGUUCUUCAAGCGAAUGCGGGAUCUGUUUGCCGAGCGGGCCUACGAGGACGCCUUCAGUGUCGGCGGUGGUGGUGGUGGAGUUGGAGGCAUGGAAAUGGCCGACGAAGCGGUCCCGCAAGCGCCGGUGGACACGUCGCACUUGGAUAGUCCUCCCAAACCGAAGGUGGUAGAAGGAUGGCCAAAGGUCGAGCACUCGUUCGGUCAGGUGACGGCAGUGACGAUCGAUCUGCAGGGCAAUCCGGUCAUCUUCCAUCGUGGCAGUCGCACGUGGACGGCAGAGAGCUUCAAUGAAAGCAACCACUACCAGCAGAUAGCCGAGGGACCAAUUGUGGAGACGACGAUCGUGACGCUGGCGGCGGCCGACGGUGCGGUGCUGGAGGAGCGUGGAGCCGGCAUCUUCUACAUGCCCCAUGGGCUCACGAUCGACCGCGGGGGCAACAUGUGGCUGACGGACGUGGCCCUCCAUCAGGCGUUCAAGUUCAUGCCGGGCCGGGACUACCCGAGCAUCACCCUUGGCCACCGCUUCGAGCCGGGUUCGUCCCGGAGCCACCUGUGCAAGCCGACGGCCGUGGCAGUGGCCAGCACGGGGGAGAUUUUCGUCGCCGACGGAUACUGCAACAGCCGGUUGUUGAAGUAUAACGCGGCCGGCCGCCUGAUCCGCACCAUCCCGCAGCCUCCGGAGUUCCUCUCGCUGCAAGUUCCGCACGGGUUGACGCUGCUCGAGCACCUGGACAUGGUGUGCGUGGCCGAUCGGGAGAAUAUGCGCGUGGUGUGCCCGCGGGCUGGCCUACAGACGUCGAACGGUGAGGGCACGCAGGCAGCCACCAUCCAGGAGCCGGAUCUGGGGCGUGUGUUCGCGGUGGCCGCCUACGGAGACCUGGUGUACGCGGUGAACGGACCCACCUCGCCGAUGAUCCCGGUGCGUGGCUUCACCAUCGAUCCGCGCUCCGAGACCAUCAUCGACCACUGGGGUCCGCAGUUCGAGAACCCGCACGCGAUCACCUUCUGCCCGAACGGCUCGGCCAUGUACGUCACCGAGAUCGGCCCGAACCGGGUGUGGAAGUUUUCGCUAACCAACUAA